AUGGUUUCAAUCUUGUACAUCAUCGAAGAAGUAGGGGUCUUCGGCCCCAAGGGGAACAAAUUUUCGAUAAAAAACGAUACCUUCUUCGACACGGAGAGCAAGAAGCGGCGGAAAAUAGCGUAUGAGGAUGAUGACAUUGAUUCAGGGGGUUCCGAAGAGGAAGCGGAGAUUCUGGGGGGUUCUGACGCGAUCGGCGGAGAGCAUGAUGAGGACGAGAUUGAGGACACCCCUGGUGAGAUUCGGAAAAGGGUGGCGACUGAGCUUUUGGAUAAGAUGCGGGCAAUAGCAAGGAAGGAGAAAGAAGACAAGGAUGGGGACGAGGAAAUGGAUGAGGAAGAGGCCGGAGAUUCGCUUGUGGCCAAGAUUUUGCAGCAAGAGCAGCUUGAGGAGAGUGGUAGGAUUAGGAGAGUCAUUGCUUCCAGUGUUAAAAAACCGGAAACUGCUGAUGGAUUUAAAGUCUUGGUCCAGCAUCGACAAUCUGUUACUGCUGUAGCUCUCUCCAAUGAUGACUUGAAGGGCUUCUCGGCAUCCAAGGACGGUACUAUUUUACAGUGGGAUGUAGAGAGUGGGAAAACUGAAAGGUACCAAUGGCCUAGUGAAGAUAUCCUUAAAAGUCACAGGGCCAAGGAUCCACGAGGUCGAUUUAAAAAGAAUAGUAAAAGUGUUUUAGCAUUGGCUGUUAGUUCGGAUGGCCGGUAUUUGGAAAGUGGAGGCUUAGACCGCCAUGUUCAUCUAUGGGAUACUCGUACAAGAGAACAUUUACAGGCAUUCUCAUGUCAUCAAAAGCCUGUGUCUUGUUUAAGUUUUCGGCAAGGUACCACAGAUCUUUUUUCUGGAUCUUUUGAUCGAACAAUCAAGUAUUGGAACAUGGAGGACCGAGCUUACAUUGACACAAUAUGUGGUCAUGAAAGUGAAGUAUUGACUCUUGAUUGCCUAAGCAAAGAACGAGUAUUGACUGUUGGACGUGAUCGAUGUAUGAUGUUGUUUAAGGUUCUUGAUCAGUCUCGAUUGGUUUUUCGUCCUCCACCAACAUCUUUGGAGUGCUGCUGCUUUAUUAACAAUGAUGAAUUCUUAUCUGGCUCGGAUGAUGGGAGUAUUCAACUUUGGAAUGUAUUAAGAAAGAAACCUGUAUAUGUUGUGAAGAAUGCUCAUGCUCUGCUGCCUGCAGGCCAGAAUGUUGAACAAAAUGGCAGUGAAAAGAUCCCUGAUAAUGGUUUAGAAAAUGGUGAUCGCAAAAUUGAGUGCUAUAAUUGUUCGUCAUCAUAUUCUUGGGACAGUUCAAUCAGUGUUUGCAGAGGCAGUGACCUUGCUGCAUCAGGAGCUGGUAAUGGUUGUGUUCGAUUAUGGGCAGUUGAGACAGGGAAAAAGGACAUCCGCCUUUAUAUGACAUUCCAUUGGUAAGUUAAUGUCACCUACUCAAUACCUCUUUAACAGUUUACCAAUGUUUCUAUCAAAUCUUAGGUAGGGGCCUUUUUGUCAUGAAAUGAAACGUUAGGAGCCAAAAUGCUCUAAAAAUAUAAUAGGGGCAAAAUAAUCAUUUUGAUAAACAGUGGG